CGAGGAGGCACAGCCGGCGUCCGAGGCGGUUGGUAUCUCGAGUUGGUAGAGGUGACUGGAGGUGACUUGGGGGAAAGCGCGCGGCGAAAGGAUGAUUCCGGGAGCUCGUCUAACACCAGAAGGGUCGUGACCCCGCUGCGGGCCAGCUUCCCGGAGCCGGGGGCGGGGCGGGGGCGGAGGCUGAGCCUGGAGGGGAGGGGCCUGCGGCCGCGGCCCCGCCCCUCAGAGCUUUGCGUUGCCGUAGAAAUAAUCAGAUCUGCACUUAUAGCUCGGAUUUUCCCGGGUUUGAAAAUCCAGCCCACCGCCUGAAAGAGGUCUAGACUACGCUGCUCUCUUACCUAUGAAGAAGAGCUAGUACCUUUAAUUGCACCAUAAUCUUAAAUUUUUCUUUUUUUACUGGGAGGAAUUUAAAAAAUCCAGGUCAGACAGCUCCCUACCAUCAUUGUUAUUGCCGAGGUAGUUUGUAGCCAUUGUAAAGACCAAAAGGGUAUUAACACAAAAGGAUAUUAAUAAACGUCUGAAAACUUUAUCAAAGUAAAGUAAAAUAAUUCUGAAAGGCUUAUAAUGAAAAGGAAUUUUACUGCCUUAACCUUUCCCAUUCCCAGUCUCUUCCCUUGAGGUUACCUCCACUUAACUAUAAUAAUAAUAAUUAAUAAUAAUCUCUUAAUGCCCAUUUCUUCUUCAUACAAUAAUUUGUAUUUAUUUCAUCCUGUUCCUUCACCUUCUUAUUACAGUGUCUUAGUAUUUUAUUAUGAGUUUUUUCUAAAAGUCAUGGUUAUUGUGUAAUGUAUAAAUGUUAUGAAACUAGCUUGGAGUUUUGUGUGUGAAUAAUUUCUAGCUAAUGUUAGUGGAAUUUGGGCAUCUGUUUUUGGUAAAGUGAUUAGAAUUUUGAACACUAUCUUCAUGGGUCAACUUCAAAUGUGAUUAUGAUUUCACUUCAGGGCAUGUGGGAUUUAGAUGGGGUCAGUGAAAAUUAUGAAAUUAUCAGAGCUGCUUUGGAUGUUAAGUCCAUUGCAUCAAACCUGAGCUGUGUGAUCUGCCUAGAGAUCAGAGCUGUCAUUUGUUUUGUUUUGUUUUACAACGUGGUUUAAUAAGAAAUUCCAUUUACGUCAAGUGGUAUUUUUUAUAAUGCCUCAGAAAAAUGGGUAAUGCUGUUUAACCCCGAAGCUUUCAUAUGUGUGUGUUUUUGUUUUAUUUUUCUCCCAAAGGCCAUUAUUUACAGCCACAAAAGGAAACCAUUGCCUGGCAUUCUCACCAGUUUUCUACCUGCCAUGAUCAAGUGCUUGUCAGCUGAAGUACAAGCCAAAUUGCGUUCUGGUUUGGCCAUAUGCUCCUUAGGCCAAUGUGUGGAGGAGCUUGCCCUCAACAGUAUUGAUGCCGAAGCAAAAUGUGUGGCUGUGAGGGUGAACAUGGAAAUCUUCCAAAUCCAAGUGAUAGACAAUGGAUUUGGGAUAGGGAGCGAUGAUGUAGACAAGGUGGGAAAUCGUUAUUUCACUAGUAAAUGCAACUCCGUACAGGACUUGGAGAACCCAAGGUUUUAUGGUUUCCGAGGGGAGGCCUUGGCCAGUAUAGCUGACAUGGCCAGUGCUAUGGAAAUUUCAUCCAAGAAAAAUGGGACAAUGAAAACUUUUGUGAAACUGUUUCAGAAUGGAAAAGCCCUGAAUGCCUUUGAAGCUGACUUGACUAGACCAAGUGCUGGGACAACAGUAACAGUAUAUAACCUGUUUUAUCAGUUACCUGUAAGGAGGAGAUGCAUGGAUCCGAGACUGGAGUUUGGGAAGGUUAGGCAGAGGAUCGAAGCUCUCUCACUCAUGCACCCUUCCAUUUCUUUCUCUCUGAGAAAUGAUGUUUCUGGUUCCAUGGUUCUUCAACUCCCUAAAACCAAAGAUGUAUGUUCCCGAUUUUGUCAAAUUUAUGGACUAAGUAAGUCCCAAAAGUUAAGAGAAAUAAAUUUUAAAUAUAAGGAGUUUGAACUUAGUGGCUAUAUCAGCUCUGAAGCCCAUUACAAUAAGAAUAUGCAGUUUUUAUUUGUGAACAAAAGGCUAGUUUUAAGGACAAAGUUGCAUAAACUCAUUGACUUUUUAUUAAGGAAAGAAAGUAUUAUAUGCAAGCCAAAAAAUGGCUCUGCCAGUAGGCAAAUGAAUUCAAGUCCUCGGCAUCGGUCUCACCCAGAACUCCAUGGGAUAUAUGUAAUCAAUAUACAGUGCCAGUUCUGUGAAUAUGAUGUGUGCAUGGAGCCAGCAAAAACUCUGAUUGAGUUUCAGAACUGGGAUACUGUUUUGGUUUGCAUUCAAGAAGGAAUGAAGAUGUUUUUAAAGAAAGAAAAAUUAUUUGUGGAAUUGUCAGGUGAAGAUAUUAAGGAAUUCAGUGAAGAUAAUGAUUUUAGUUUAUUUAGCACUACUUUUCAGAAGCAUAUGUCUUCUAAUGAGAAGUGUGACAGAGACAGUUUCCAAGAAGCAUGUAAUAAUAUUUUGGAUUCCUAUGAAAUGUUUAAUUUGCAAUCAAAAGCUGUAAAAAGAAAAGCUACAGAAAACAUAAACACACAGAAUUCUAGGAAUUCAGAAGCGAUCAGAAAACAGACAAAUGAUUCAUUUUUGUAUACUUAUGAAUCUGAUGGUCCAGGUCAUAGUAAAAUGACAGAGUCAACUUUACAAAACAAAGAUAGCUCUUGCUCAGAAUCAAGGGUCUUAGAACAAGAGAGACCUGAAGCGUCAGAAUCAGGAGAAAAUGAGAAACAUAAACAAUCUUGCUUGGAACUUAACUCUUUAGAAAAUCCAUGUGGAACCAAUUCAGAAAUGCCUGCAAGCCCUUUUCAGACGUUAGAUCACUUUGAGGAGAGUGGAGAUCUAGAAAUACAGAAAGCAAGUACUACUGUUAAUGACAUGGCUGCUGACAUCCUGAAAAAGAACAGAAUUCAGAAUCAACUAGAGACAUUUAAAGGUGCUACUGAAAUGGGAUGCCAACCUCUGCCUUCUGAGACAACAUUACUGAGAGUACAUGGUGCUCAGCGGGAGGAAGAGAAAAGAAAAAAAGAACCUAGUAAUUGUGGAAGAAAUGUUUUUAGUUAUGGACAAAUUAAACUAUGUUCCACUGGCUUUAUAACUCAUGUGGUACAAAAUGAGCAAACUGAAACAGAACAUUUAUUUAAAAAUUGUGUUCGACCUGGUCCUGUGAGUGCCAAAGAAACACUUGGAAAUAGAACACGCCAUUCAGUUGAGACUCCAAACAUCAAAGAUUUAACCAGCACUUUACGUACAGAAUUUGCUCAAUUGUCUAACAAAAAAUUGUGCAGAACAAAUGUAAGUUCUAGGCUAGAGAACAAACCUAUACCAACUUACAAAAAUUUUGCUAUUUUGCAGGAUGGUAGUAAAAAAUCACACACAGGUGGCUUAUUACUUGACACGUCUUCUUUCUCUUGGUGUAGGCAUGUUUCAAAAGUUUCAAAUGAUAGUAAGAGAAAAGAUAAGUUGAUUGGUUUAUCCAGGCCCAUAGCCCCUAAGAAGCUAAGCUUAAAUCCACAACUAGGAUCUUUAGAGAAGUUUAAGAGACAAUAUGGGAAGGUUAAAAAUCCUCUGAAUACAGAAGUGGAGGAAAAUAAUAAUUUUGAAAUCACUACCAAUCUCAGUCCUCAAGUUGAACCUGACAUUCCAUGUAGAGACAAAAACCACAUAGAUAACUCUGGUAUGUGUAAAAUCACUACUAUGAAACAUAAUGAUUCAAAUAGUAGUUGUCAACCUAUAAGUCACAUCCUUCAUUCGGGAAACUUUCCAUUCUCCAAGGAAGAAGACUGUUUAGAACAACAGAUGCCUUGCUCAAGAGAAAGUCCUGUAACUCUAAAGGAUCUAUGCCAUUUGAACAGAAAACCUUUGGAUAUUGAGAAAUCACCUGAGUCACUAGCCUCUAAAUUAUCCAAAAUGAAAGGUUCUGAAAGAGAGACUCCAAUAAUGGAGAUGAGUCAUUUUAUUGAACGUCCACCAUCAGAUUCCAGUAGAAAAGACAGUGACUUCUGCAGUGGGUUAUCCCUAGAUGCUUGUAUGUUAUUUAAAAAUGAGCAUAAAAACACAGAGAGUAUCAUCCUCCCAAUGCCGGACUCUGUCUCACAGGAUAAUUCCUUCAAUGAAGAUAGUGAAGCAUAUUCUAACAAUACAACAGAGAACUCUGUGAUACCAGAAGCAAGUUUGGUGGUUCACUAUAAUAGCUCUGCACUUAGUAAAGAUUCAGAUGUUCUUACAGUUUCAGAACAACAGAUGGGAAGUCCUAACUCUCCCAGUAGAAUGUUAAUAAGUCACAAGGACGAUUCCACAGCAAACCCAAAUGGAACUUGUUUUCAGAGUGAGGAAUCUAUAGCAACUUGUUCUGAAAAUGAAGAGUCAAACACAUGUUCUUUGGAUUGGCAACAGCAUUUUGAUGUAGCCCUGGGAAGAAUGGUUUACAUUAACAAAAUAACUGGACUUAGCACGUUCAUUGCUCCUACUGAGGACAUUCGGGCUGCUUGUACUAAGGACCUGACAACCGUAGCUGUGGAUGUCUUACUUGAGAAUGGAUCUCAGUACAGGUGUCAUCCUUUUAGAAGCGACCUUGUUCUUCCCUUCCUUCCUAGAGCUCGGGAAGAGAGGAUGGUGAUGAGACAGAAUAACAGAGAUACUGUGGAUGAUGCUGUUGGUAGCGAAUCGCUUCAGUCUUUGUUCUCAGAAUGGGACAAUCCAGUAUUUGCCCGUUAUCCAGAGGUUGCUGUUGAUGUAAGCAGUGGUCAGGCUGAAAGCCUAGCAGUUAAAAUUCACAACAUCUUGUUUCCUUACCGUUUUACCAAGGACAUGAUUCAUUCCAUGCAGGUUCUCCAGCAAGUGGAUAACAAGUUUAUUGCCUGUUUAAUGAGCACUAAGACUGAUGAGAUGGGUGAGGCAGGUGGAAAUUUGCUAGUCUUGGUGGAUCAGCAUGCUGCCCAUGAGCGUGUCCGUUUGGAGCAGCUUAUUAUUGAUUCCUAUGAGAAACAACAGCCACAAGGCUCUGGUCGGAAAAAAUUACUGUCUUCCACUAUAAGCCCUCCACUAGAGAUAACAGUGACAGAGGAACAAAGGAGACUCUUAUGGUGUUACCACAAAAAUCUGGAAGAUCUGGGCCUUGGAAUUAUAUUUCCAGAUACUAGUGAUUCUCUGGUCCUUGUAGGAAAAGUACCACUCUGUUUUGUAGAAAGAGAAGCCAAUGAACUUCGAAGAGGAAGAUCUACGGUGACCAAGAGUAUUGUGGAGGAAUUUAUUCGAGAACAAGUGGAGCUACUCCAGACCACAGGAGGCAUCCAAAGGACAUUGCCACUGACGGUCCAGAAGGUGUUGGCAUCUCAAGCCUGCCAUGGGGCCAUUAAGUUUAAUGAUGGCCUGAGCUUAGAGGAGAGCUAUCGCCUUAUUGAAGCCCUGUCCUGGUGCCAGCUGCCAUUCCAGUGUGCUCAUGGGAGACCUUCUAUGCUGCCGUUGGCUGACAUAGACCACUUGGAGCAGGAAAAACAGAUUAAACCCAAUCUUGCAAAACUGCGCAAAAUGGCCCAGGCCUGGCGUCUCUUUAGAAAAGAAGAAUGUGAUACAAGGCAAAGCCUGCAGGUAUCCAUGCCUCCUUGUGAGCCACUAUGAGAACAGAAUUAUUGAUCUAUAAGGAACCAAAAGGGAUGCUAACAAUAUGCCUCUGAACAGAGAGCAUAUCAGCAGGUACCAGCCGUCUUGACGGAAGCAGCCGAGUGCACUCAUGUCAGUCUUCCUUGAGCAGAUGAUCCCUCCAGUUGAGUAGUCAGAUGGAAUUCAAGCCUAAAGACACUUCAUUUGCAUCUAUGGACACAGGAGUCUGCCCUAUAAUAUCUACUUUUUGUAACUUAUUUAGGGAUAAAGUUUAAUGAUUGAUUGGUUGGUUUAUGGUUGUCUUGGGAUGUGGGUUUUUGUUUGGUUUGCAAUUUUUUCCAGCCUCAUAAUUUGCAUUGAUGUUAAUUUACCUAAUGCUGUGCUCCCAGGAAUCAAGUCCCCGCUCCUAGACUGCCCAGGCCUGUCCUCUAGCUUUCCCCUCCCUUCACUUCCCUCUGCUGCUGCUUUACAUUCUAAGUCUCAGACUUAGAGUUUCUCUACCCUCAACAAAACUGCUCUCUGCAGUCUUCCAUCACACCUAUAGUUAGAUUAUUUUAGGGAUAAAAACUAUUGAUAAGAGAAAUAAGGACAAGGAUAAAAUAGAGAAAUUGAAGUUCUUUUCUUCAUUUUUUGUUUUACUGUCACUUUAAAAAUUCAGAGUGAUGUUCAUAUUCUAGAGCAGUAAAAUGAUUAAAGUACGAUGAGCUUUUUUAAAAUAUUUUUUGUACUUUAUAAAGUAUCUCUAUGUGAAAGCAAUUUUCAUAUCAAAAUGCAUUUACUCUUUCAACCUAA